CACCAGGGGGCUCUAUAGCGCCAUUAUUGGAGCUUUCAAUGACUUAUUAGAAGAAGAGUGUUGUUUUGUUUAGCUCUGAGCAUAUUAACUAGUUUAUUUUGACUCCAUUCAUUUAUCUUUUAGUUAGACAUCCAGCCAGCUACCCAGUCUGGGGGUUUUAGAACCAGAUGGCCUUCCCGGCGCCCGUGUGGCUCGCCGUCCAGGACGAGUUGCUGUCAGGCGGCGAGCCGGAGGAGGACUGCGGCUCCCGGAGCUGUUUCGACGACUUCACCGAAGAGGCUUUGUUUGAGACCUUCCACCUCUCCAGACCCUGCAUCGCCUUCAUCACGGACGCCGUCCGCAUGCGCGUCAAGUCGGCCGCCUUCAAGAAGAGCCAGCCGCCCGUGGACGUGAUGCUCAUGGCGGCGCUCAACUACUACGCGCUCGGCACCUUCACCUCCGCCGUGCAGGUGAAGGCUGCGCCGGCCAACCUCGCCGCCAUGGUCAGCACGGUCUCCGGCGUCAUCGCGGGGAUGUCCGACGUCUUCAUCUCCUUCCCUCUGACCGCCGAGGCCCGGACCAGGACCGCGUCCAAGAUGCAGGAGCGCUGCGGGAUCCCCGGCGUCCUGGGCGUCCUGGCGCCCGCGCACUUCAAGAUCAGAGCCUCCCCCUACGACAAGGAGACCUUCAAGUCGUUCAUCAACAGCCUGGGCUACACCUCGGUGGUCAGCCAGUUCAUAUGCGACUCCGAGGGCAACAUCCUGAGCGUGGAAAAGUGCUGCGUGGGCAGCACGUUUGAGCAGGAGCUGUGGGACACGUCGUUCAAAGGGAGGGAGGUGGAGGACGACCUGCACGGAGCCUUCUGGUUAAUCGGUGGGAAAGGCUACCAUCUAAGCAGACACGUGUUGACCCCCGUGCCAGAGCCGGCGAACCAGAGCGAGGCCCGCUUCAACGAGGCCCACGGCAAGAUGCACCAAGUCAUGCACGGGAUGCUGUGCUCCAUGAAGAGGCGCUUCAGGUGUCUGCUGCAGCUCGGCUUUGUCGAAGAAGCCUCUCUGAACAAGAAGUCGAACAUUAUCAAGGCGUGCAGCGUGCUGCACAACAUCGCCCAGAAGUUUUCCGUUCCUCUUCCGCCCGCUGCCGGGAACAACGAACUUCCCUAUCCGGGCAAGCCGUAUUCAGCCCCGGCGGAGAUCAGCCAGGCCGCGCUGCAAGCCCGACAGGAACUUAUCGACAGGAACUUCUGUGUGCCUCCCAACAGUCGGGACGCUUUGGGAAGCAAUCAUUUAAAGGAGGAUGUGUAAUAUUUGUUUUAUCAGCUGUGCAAGUAAAGAGAACAGGGAAACACUUAA